UCUAUGGCUGAGUGACUUGGAGAGAGCCCCAUUAAGAUAAGUAGAGAAGAAAAAAGAGGAAGAAAAUAUUCUCUCCAGCUACUUCCUUUUUGAAAUGAUGUCUCAAGAUGGGGCUUCAAUUCCAUCGACUAUCAAAGGGUUAGCUUCACAACAACCAAGCCCUAACCCUAAUCCAGUGAAGAAGAAGAGAAAUUUUCCAGGAACACCAGAUCCAGAUGCAGAAAUUAUCGCUAUGUCACCGAAAUCUCUCAUGGCGACCAACAGAUUCAUGUGUGAAAUCUGCAACAAGGGUUUUCAAAGGGACCAGAACUUACAACUCCACAGGAGAGGCCACAACCUGCCAUGGAAGCUGAAGCAAAGAAGCAACAAAGAAGUUAGAAAAAAAGUUUACAUCUGCCCCGAAAAGACGUGCGUUCACCACGACCCGUCGAGAGCUCUCGGAGACCUCACCGGAAUCAAGAAGCACUUCAGCCGUAAACACGGCGAGAAGAAAUGGAAGUGUGAGAAAUGUUCGAAGAAAUACGCGGUUCAGUCGGAUUGGAAAGCUCAUAGCAAGAUUUGUGGCACUCGAGAGUAUAGAUGCGACUGUGGAACUCUCUUUUCCAGGAAGGAUAGCUUCAUCACACAUAGAGCUUUUUGUGAUGCUUUAGCUGAAGAAAGCACGAGAUUCAGUUCGGUUCCAUCGACUGUGAAUAAUCCAGUAGCAGCUUUUACAAAUGAUUUUAUAAAUAGAGCCAAUAAUAACAACGUGAUGCACCAGUUUUCAUCGGUGUUUAAACCAGAGUUUGGUGGUGGGUUAGAGCUAGUCGACAACGUGAACCCGAAUGUGCAAAAGCCGCAGCCGAGAUUACAGUCAUGGCUCGACCAGGCUAACCCAUUCGGUGUCCCCUACAACGCUUUCUUAGCACCAAAAUCCACGAGCUUACCUGACUUGGGAAUGGCACCAAUGAACAUGUUUGCCUUAUUGUCGCAGACACAAACACAAUGGCAAAGCAGCAAGUACCCAGAUGAUGAUGCAUCAUCAUUUCCAGGUGCCAACCUCAACAUAUCGGAAUUGAGACCGAAACAAGAAGAGAACAAGGGAGAUUUCUCUGAAUCCAUACCAUCUUUGUAUUCCAACAAUAAUCUUCAACAAAACGAGGCUCAUGUAACUAACAUGUCAGCCACUGCACUGUUGCAGAAAGCAGCACAAAUGGGAUCUACAAGAAGCAACCCGACAGCAUUCAACAACACUGGCUUUGGGUUAAUGAGUUCAUUGUCUGAAUCUGAGAACAUAAACAAAUUAGUGAGUUCAUUGUCUUCGACUCAAGCAGCUGUUACCAACUCGAACGAAGUUGAAUCGAGCUUAACCAGGGAUUUUCUCGGCAUGGGAGAUGAGUCGAAUAGGUCAUCGUUCCAACAACAAGAGCUUGUUAAGUUUGCUUCAAUGGGUUCAAUCCAGCCAUGGAACUGAUGAUUCAAACAGCAGCGACAGUGAGUUAUCGAGCUGGAAGGGGAGUGGUGGUGGUGGGGGGCCAUCGGACGGCGGUGGUGGAAGGGACUGAAGAGAAAGAGACAUGGCAGUGUUGUUGGGCCCUGCAUGCACGUAGAUUUUUAACCAUUUUAAUUCUGAUACAGUUCUGUAUUUUUAGUUUUCAUUUUUAUAUUUCUCUUUCAAACUUUCAUUAA